AUGGACAGAAGCAGCACCCGUGUCAGCACCCUCACCACUCGUUCUUCUCGUUCUUUGGCACCCACUCCUCAUUCACCCACCUUCUCUCGUGCUAGCACAAUCUUUCACCGUCCCAUUCAGCCCCCCGCUGGUCCUAGGUUGAGACACCGCGCGUCUAACAUCAAUAUCGAAUAUUCCCAAGACUCACCGGUAUCACCUCGGGAGGAUCGUUUCUCAAAAUCGUCGCUCAACUCUGAAGCACAAGAAGAGCCUGUCUCCGCGCCUGCAUACGACGAUCAUGUCAGCCCUCCAUCGCGCCGUUCUUCCCACCGCCCUCACGCAGUCAGACCCGUCACCCAACCACCAAAAUUUGUCCCAGCCCCCGUAAUCAAAUUCGACUCUGUCCCAGUUCCCUGGAAAGGGCUGCCACUCGAAGCCGCACUAUGGACAUUGGAUUCGCGCGAACUCCAGAGCAUCGUCUCUUGCGCCAUUCGUUCAUCCGCUCAAGAAUCCUACAUCCGUUUGUUGACUCUUGAGAACCUCGACACCGUUUUGCCUGCAGAACUGGAGAGGCUGGAGGCCUUGAAAGGCGUAACUCAAUCCAAGUACCGUUUUCUUGUCCACCGGAGGACCAUGUUACUGCAAGCUCUUCAUUCAAUCUCAAGCGUCGCGAAUAACGGGGAGGAUACGAUGGGCGUCAUUAGUAAACUGACCGUACAGCUAUCAGAAACCACGGGGGAAUGUGAUCGACUGCUCGAAGAGCUCAUGAAGAUAACUGACCACGUCACGCAAAUCACAAAGCUUCUUGAUCGCCAUUGGGCAAGUGCCCUAGCCAUCGCACUCCGCAAGCUAAACGCCAGUUACGGCCGACGCACAACAGAACUAGCCAAAACCAAAGAACGCAUCGCCCAACUAGAAGCAGAACUAGAAGACGCUUGGAACGAAGCAGAAAAAAUGGCGCGAGAGAUGGACGAGUUUGACACCGCCGUCAUCUCAGACAUGGGUGAAGCCGUCAUUGAAACGGCUGAAAAAAUCUCAUUGUCCCGUUCGCCCACAUCACACGACAUUCGAGCAGACGUAGCACCUCAAACGCCUCAAAUUCUCUCUGUCGAGCCGAGCUUACGUUCCCCUUCUUCUUCCACCUCACCGCUUUCGCCACUUUCGCCCAAGUUCAGCAGGGACCCGAGAGACCACGACGUUUCUGUUGACGUUCCUGAUUCAGUAAGCAUUCGUAGCGUGCAGAGCAAUCGAAGCGCGCGCAGUCACAGGAGUACCCGAAGUUUACGAGGGGACGGGAGCCGGGCGUCUCAAAUCUCAGCUGCGAAGAUCCGGAGCCACAGGACCUCGCAAGGGAGCUUACGCCUACCACCCAUCUUCCAUCGGAAAUCCGGCCCAAGUCGACCAGAGGACCACCCGCCCGUACCUAGCCUCCCCCUCCAAUUCACCUCUUUCUCAUCCAACCUCACCUCGGCCAACAUUGGCACCUUGCCACCUCUUGACGAGCCUAAGUUGGUUCCAGUCCGCAGGCGGACGAGCCUCGAGUCGAUCCACGUCGUACCACCCACCACCUCCCAAACACAAAACCACAGAAUGAUAACCACACGCAUAGUUACGGCAGACGACAUCUACGUCCGACACCGACGUGACCCACGGUCAAGCAACGAGGACGAUGGAGAGAUCCAACUCGUCCCUCGCACACCACCCACCCGUAGUAUAUCCCUCAACAAAACCCUACCUUCCCUCCCCCUCCCCAGGCGGAAAUCAUCACUCACUUACCUGACGCGUCGUAAAUCCUCCACUACGAAACAAUCAGGACAACAUGUACCAGCGCAGAAUAUACCGUCUAUAUGGAUGAACAUUGAUGCGCCCAAGACGCCUGCGGAGCGCGUGGAGGGGCUGAUGCGGGGUGAUUCGACGUCUGGGGGGAAGGGGAGUAAUAAGACGUAUCAGCGGUUGAGGACGUUGACGAAGAGGUAUUCGUUGCCUUUUCCUAUAUUUGCGCAGUCGAAUUCGAAUUCGGGAAAGUCGGAUAGGUCAUAG